UUCCCAGGGCUUUUGGAUUCCGUUUGGAGGGGCUUUCCGAGGUGCUGAAAGAUGAAUCAGAGCGCAGGGGCAGGAGCGGGUCACACACGGCGGUUCUCCACCGAUGAGAAGGACAUAGACCUUGGACUGGAUAGGAACUGGAAGGGGAUUGGCAUCUCCCUCCUUGUGAUUGUGCUGGUGUUGUCUGUCAUUGGGCUCUCCAUUGUUCUCCUAUCCAAAGAUGAUGGUUCCAAAUCAGUUGGCUCCCAGCUGACCCUUGAUGACCUUUUCAACAGACACUUUCAGGUCCAUGAUCCGGAUGCAAAGUGGAUCAGUGAUGAGGAGUUCAUCUUUCAGAGCUGGGACGGCAGCGUAUAUAAAGCCAAUGCCCAACGCAACCAAACCCAACUCCUCCUGAAGAACACAACUUUUGCUACGUUCAAGGCUUCCCAGUUUGCCCUUUCUCCAGACCUCAACUAUGUUCUCCUCGGUUAUGAUGUACAACAGGUGUUCCAGCACUCCUUCCUGGCGUCGUAUCUGAUCUACAACCUCCACACCAGGGAGGUGAGGGAGUUGAACCCGCCAGAGGUGAGCGACUCUGUCCUGCAGUUUGCAUCCUGGGGAGUGCGAGACCAACAGCUGGUUUACAUAUUUGAAAACAACAUUUACUACCAAGCGGACGUCCAGAGCAGUUCUUGGAGACUGACAUCCUCUGGACAGGAAGGGGCUGUCUUCAACGGCAUCUCUGAUUGGCUGUAUGAAGAGCAAGUUAUCCACACCCAGGUGGCUCACUGGUGGUCCCCUGAUGGCUCUUGGCUGGCCUACCUCUCCAUCAACGACAGCCUGGUGCCUACCAUGCUUUUGCCCCACUUCACUGAAGGCCGAUACCCCAAGGGGAAGAAGUACCCCUAUCCCAAGAUGGGGCAGAUCAACCCAACUGUCAAACUCUACGUCAUCGCUCUGGAAGGAGGGGCUCAGACCGCCCAGCUGCGACCGCCCCACAGUUUUGAGGAAAGAGAGCACUACAUCACCAUGGUGACCUGGCUCACGCGACAGCGAGUGGCCGUGCGCUGGGUAAACCGAGCGCAGAACACGUCGAUCCUGACUCUGUGUGAUGUCAUCACAGCACACUGCGUCAAGAAACACGUGAUGACAUCUGAGAAGUGGAUUGAUCGCCAGAACGAAGAGCCAGUUUUUUCCAAGGAUGGCACGGUGUUCUUCAUCACCCUCCCUCUAAAAAAUAGCGGAGGAGGAGCCUUCAACCACAUCGCCAUGAUAACAAACCAGUCCGAGGAUCAGGAGGUCAACGUUCGUCACCUGACCUCGGGAGGCUGGGAAGUCUCUCAGGUCUUAGCAUUCGACGAGCACACAGACUCACUGUAUUUCCUGAGCACAGAGGAUGGGUCUGCACAAAGACAGCUCUACAAGGUUUCCACUGUGAGUCCGUUUCAGAGGUCCUGCCUAAGCUGCUCUCUCUCCAAAGUUCGGUGCACCCACUUCCAUGCUCGCCUCAGCCCUCGCUGCCAACAUGUCCUGCUGGACUGCCGAGGUCCUGGUAUCCCAAGCACCACUGUUCACCAGCUCUCUGAUAUGACUGGGAACAUCAGUGUGGAGAGCAACGUGGUUUUAGCAGAGGCACUGCAGGGUCGGACUCUGCCCAAGAGGAACAGGGGAAUCGUGCAUAUCAACCACUUUGCACUCCACGUGGAAUUAUCUCUCCCAGCAGCUUUGGAUGAAACAAUACCACACCCACUCUUAUUGAUUCUUAACAGCGCGCCUGUCGAGCAGUUGGUGAGCGACCGCUUCCUUCUGGACUGGGACUCGGUGCUGGUGAGCUCGGACAACGUUGUUGUGGCCCGUCUGGACGGGCGGGGCAGUGGCUUCCAGGGCCAGAGGGUCCUCCAUGAGCUGCACCAGCGCCUGGGGACCGUGGACGUCCAGGACCAGAUCGCAGCAGUAGAGUACCUCUUUCAACUGCCCUACAUCGACCGGAACAGAGUAGGAGUCUACGGCAAGGCCUACGGGGGCUUCCUGAGCACGGCACUACUCCUCUCCAACCAAUCUCCCUUCAGAUGUGCGGCCUCCGUCUCGCCGGUCAUCAACUGGAGACUUUACGGUUCGUUCUUCACGGAGCGGUACUUUAGCUUCCCAGCUAAAGAGGAAAGCCAAUACCAGAUCUCCAGUCUGCUCUCCAAUAUCACAACACCAAACCACAACAUGCUGCUCAUCCUCCACCCAACCGCAGAUGCGACUGUUCACUUCCAGCAUUCUGCAGAGCUGGUGAAGCUGAUGUCUUCUGCCAACCUGAACUACACACUGCUGAUCUUUCCGGAUGAAGGCCAUGUGAUCGCAUCGGAUGCGGGCCGGCGCUACAUGGUCAGCUCACUGAUGAGCUUCUUCAGGAAGUGCUUCGAGGAGGGAAAGGGAUUUCCCGCCCAGCUGAAAAACUAGGAGGAAGGCUAAUUGUAAUAUUGAGAUCCUCCUUGUGGUGGUACAGUUCUGGCUUGCUGGAGUCCGCCAAUAAAAUAUGAGUAAAAAAAACAUAGGCUGGAGAGUAGAGGAAAACAAAUAUGUUUGCGUCAUUAGGUUUGAGGUCAAAGGAUGUGUUGAUAUCAUGAUUUCCCCGUGUAGGAAUUAGUGAAUCAGGGAUAAGCGACACAGAAUUGGCGCAUGUACACGGUCGUGCUGGUUUGCAGAAGAAAAUUAAAUAAUAUUUAUAGUUAAUAUAUUAUAGUAUAACUUAUUUAAGCAAUAUCACAUGAGAGGGAGCAAUGUUGUUGCCCUAUUUCAGCGCUGCUGU